AUGCCUGCAAAUGCCCGUUCAGGGGCCUCUUUCUUUGGAACAGCCUUUCUGGCCUCAGAUGGGAAUCAAGCUUAUUUUAUUUUGUGUGGGACAGAACCAGAAUCUGAACCAAGGACAGUUGUCUCCAACCUUUUAGAGAAUAAGGACAUUUUGUGGUUUCUGACCAUACACUCUUAUGGUCAGUUCAUUCCCACACCAUAUGGCUACACCCAAAAUAAAUCAAGAAAUCAUGAAUAACUGAUUGAAGUUGGACAGAAGGCAGUAAAUGCAUUGAAAGCAAAGUAUGGAACAAAUUUUAGAGUUGAAUAGAGUGAAGACAUUAUAUACGUCACAUCAGGGCCUUCAAGAGACUGGGCUGGAGACACGAGCCCAUACACAUUUGAGCUGAGGACCAAUGACACUUAAGGGUUUGUCUUGCCUGAAGCUCAGAUUUCGGCCAGUGAAGCCAUGGAAGCCAUGCUACCCUUCCUAGAAGAUAUGCAUGCGAAAUACUGGCCCUCUGACAAUGCCAGGAACAUAACAACCCCCACUCUGGUGCUGAGCCUGCUGUGGCUCUUCAUUUCUCUCCUCUAA